ACCCUGAUCCUGCGAAACAUGAUUAAGGGCGGCUUUGCGCGCAAGAACGCACCCCCGAGAGAGAAUAAACAGAAGGCGGAUGCCGAACGAUGCACCCAGAAAAUGAUGUGCUUCGCCCAACGACGUAAUCAACCAAGUCACUGGUCAAGACUGGCAAAAACUGUAGGCAUCGAGGCUAUGCAACUUCGCAAAACAAUGUAUGACAAGACUGAAUUCAACGAGUGGAUCCACGAUCGCAACGAAGGUGCCACACGCUCUUCAAGUAUGAAAAAAUCACGCACAUGGAGAAACCCUAUGAUGAUCGAACAUGGGUAG